GUGUUACAAAAUAAUAAUAAAAAAGAAGCAUUUUGAACCAUAUUCUGGAAAUAUUGAGGAUAUGUUGGUGAAUCGUCCUUUGGAAAUUCCAGAAAUACAAUUUCGGAAGCUAAUUGCAUAUUGGAGUAUUCCAACUGUCAAAGCCAUGUGUGUUAUAAAUUCUGAAAAUCGCAAGAAGCAACAAUGGAGGCAUAAAAUGGGCCCAAUCAAUUUUGCAAGAGUGCGUGUUGAUUUGCGUGAGAAAAAAGAGAACAAAGAGGAACCAAAUCAAGCUGAAAUGUUUGUUGCAACUCGGAAUGGACUAAAAGGGAAAACACUUGAUGUAGAAACACAAGCUGUUAUUGAUAAACUUGAUGAUCUCCAAGAAGCUGGAGAAACUCCUACUAAUGCAUUUCAAAAAGUUUUUGGUAAAGAGAAUCCAGGAAGAGUUCGAUGUUAUAGUUCCCUUUAA